AGGGAGGCGGUUCUGCCUCUGCUGUCGUCCCGUGCCAUCGCUGGACCCGCCCACUCCCGGAAGUGGUGACAGCAUGGCCGGGGCUGGCGGAGUAAAGGAAGAUAUCAAGGACUGUAUCCUGGAGUCUCUGUCAUUUCCAGAAAGUCCAGGACCUAUUACUGUUCCAAGCGAUGCUGUGUAUUUGCCAUGUAUGUUCUGUGAACAGCUGUACAAGGAGGUGGAAAAGGACGGACUACUCAAACAUAUAGUUAUUGAGCAUAAGCUUGUCAUCGCCGAUGUAAAGUUAAUAGCAAAUUUUAGGAGCUAUGUUUUGUACUGGAAGAAAAGAUUUUCAGAGCAGCCGAUAACCGACUUCUGCUCAGUAAUCAAGACCAACUCAGAAGCUCCAGAGGAACAACAAGAACAUUUUUUUCUCCUUUGUGAUGUUUUACCUGAAGACCGUGUCCUACGGGAAGAGCUCCAGCAGGAGAGAUUGAGAAUCAUUUUGGAACAGCAGCAGAGUGAGAGAUCGGAUACAAGUUUUCAGAGGCUGUGCAUGUUUUGUGAUGAGGAAUUUAAAGGAAACAGAUCUAUUCUGUUUAAACACAUGAAAGAAGAGCAUGCAUUCAAUAUUGGACUACCAGAUAAUAUUGUAUAUUGCAAUGAGUUUCUAGAUGUGUUACAGAAGAAAUUGGACAAUUUACAAUGUUUAUACUGUGAGAGAACAUAUAGAAACAAAAGUACUCUAAAGGACCAUAUGAGAAAAAAACAACAUCGCAAAAUCAAGGCGCAAAACCAGGAGUAUGAUCGAUUUUAUAUAAUCAACUAUUUGGAACUAGGGAAGAACUGGGAAGACGUCCAGUCUGAAGAUGAUCGGGAGUUUGGAGACAACAAUGAAGAGGACUGGUCUGACUGGGAGGAGCUUCCUGUUUUUGCUGUAUGUCUGUUUUGUGACAAGCAAGCAGCUACAAAUGAAGAGUUACUUGGCCACAUGAAGGAUUUUCACCAUUUUGAUCUUCAGAAAAUAAAAGUAGACCUAGGACUGAAAUUCUAUCAGCAAGUUAAAUUGGUGAAUUUUAUUAGAAGGCAAAUCCAUCAGUGUCGAUGUCAUGGCUGUCCAGAGAAAUUUCAGUCGAAAAUAGAAUUAAGAACUCACAUGGAAAAAUACAGUCAUAUAAGUGUUCUUCCUGAGAGAUCUGUAUGGGAUCAGCCACAGUAUUACUUUCCCACGUAUGAAAAUGAUUCCCUCUUAUGCACCUUAUCUGACAGUGAGGAGGAGACAACCGCACACAAUGAGGAGUUCCCGGUUAUUGGAGAAGAUCUUUCAAGGCUUGAAGCACUAAGAAAGACAAGCGUACUUAACCAGCUAGUACGGGACAGUGUCAUAAGGAGUUAAAUGUGGAAUAUAAUAAACCUGUAUUUAUGCCUCUCCUUUCAGAUCUUUUUUUUUUUGGAGUCUGUGCCGAGUGGGUAUCUGCCACAAAGGGAACAGUUUCCAUAGCUGUCAUAAUACCUGUCACAAUUCCAUCUUUCACUGCACAAGUUCCAUUGUACUAAUUAAAUGUCUUCUAAUUCUUGUUUAAAUUAAACAGGGCAUAUAACAUGCUAUUAUUAUACCCCCUAUGAUAUAUUGUUAAAUAUAAAAAUGUUAGUCUUAAUAAAAGGAAAUGUUUUCCAGCUUUAGCAGUGAGGUAUAAUUGUUUUUAAUGCACAAGAGUCUAUUACGAAUGCCAAUAUGCAACAUUAGAAUGCUGGUCAGACAGUAUCACUGACCUAAAAUAAUUCUAUAUGGAUUUUAGACAGAAUUGGAAGCAUAUUCUUGUCCUAUCAGCACAAAGUACUUUUUUUAGAUAGAUUUCUGGAAAGGGUUAGGAAAUAAAAUUGUAGUUCAUCUUUAAAAUUAAAAUGACUAUUUAAAAACA